UUAUGAUCUGCCGUGAGCAUUUCAUGUAGCUUUCAAGUAUAUUUUGUGCUCAAGCAGGUGAAGAUUGUGCCACAGCUACUGCUGGUACAUACGCUUGUUAGUGCCCGUCGUUUGUGUAACGAGGGCCCUAUCGAGGAUAUUCCGAGAGGACAAGUGAACUUGAGGAAGAUGCUCUAACAUCGAAGCACCACGAACCAUCCAACGAAGCAACGAAAUAUCAGAGCAUAGAUUUUCACUCACCUUUUCUCUCAACCAACCAUAAUAUUGCCCAUACAUGUCACCAGCGAGCACCUCCAAUCGCCACCACCGGUAAUCUCGAGCGCGUCUUGGAACCUUGAGAUUCUCAUAAGUACUAUCUUCGCUUCGCUGCGUUCCCACCUUAUUAGAGGCAGAGCAGAGAGCCCUUCGACAUCGUCGUCACUAUCAUCAUCAGCACACACCAACACACACACACAACACACACUACACACGUCGCCAAGAUUGCCACCCCAUCGGCAGCGGCGGCGGCGGCGACGGCCACAGUUGUCGUUUCGGGCCCAAUCAAGAUGCGACUGAAAAGUGCGCGAAAAAGCUUCAGCCGACACAAAUGCAAGCAUGGACUGGAGUUCCCCCAGCCGAGCGAGGUGACCGAGGCAUCGCUGGAACUAUGGCGAACCCUUCCGACCAAGAUCCGGCAGGAUCCGAGCAUGGUGUCGUUCCAGCAGGUCGAACUCGAGCACGCACGGCUGCAUGGUGACGAUCAUGAAGAUUCGUUUCCGGAAAUUCAACCGAUGGAUGAUGAGGAGGACGACGAAGAGGAAGAGGAGGAAGAUGAUGAAGACAAUGGAAACGAGUUCAUCACCAUUAACGUCACCAACGAACAGGGCGUGAACAAGGAGCUCGAACAUAUCAAGGAGAAGAAGGAAAUCCCCAAGCCGCACGUACACCACCUGGCCGGUCACUACAUCGGCAAUAUCACUCCCCCGAAGCACGAGGACAUCGACACCGGUCAGAACCACCUGGAUGAGGACCACCCCUUCCGCAAGUACUCCAAGAUAAUUUGCCUGUUCAUCACGUGGAUGGUGAUCAUUGCUUUCCUGGUGGUGAAGGACGAGAAGAUUGUCAACACCAAACACCUGUCGAUUCCGGUCGGCAAAACCAAGGCCUACAUCCUGCCCGAACUGCCACUCAGCUCCCGGGUGAAGUUUUCCUUCGAGGGAACAUUCCUUGGAGAACAGUAUACCAAUAUUACGGAAAACUAUGUGACCAUUUAUCUGCAAUCGCUUACGUCGACGUUGGAGAGGAAUCAAAGUGAAUUUAUGGAUUCCGAUUCGGUGCACAAUAUUAGUGAUCCGUGGCAUGUGCCGAUCGUACAUCCUUAUUUGUUUGAUAGUGCGGCGAUCAUCAAGAAACAGCAUAGCUUCGACAUUAGCGAUAACAAUUUCGAACGGAUCCACUCGCAGAGUAGUGCCGUUCGGAUGAUGGUCAAAAGUAACAUCAAGGCCAGCAUUCCGAUAGCCGUGACGUAUGAUCAAUCGCCGGUCAAUCGGGACAUCGGAGUGAUCUACGCAGCGUUUGUGUUGAUCUUCCUGUAUGCGUUGAUCAUCUGGGAAGUGGUUCAUCGAACUUUUGCGGCGGUGAUGGCGUCGACGUUGGCCAUCUCGAUCCUGGCGGCACUGGACGAUCGGCCCACGAUGGAGGACAUCGUGGGGUGGAUCGAUGUGGAAACGAUCCUGUUGCUGUUUUCGAUGAUGAUCCUGGUAGCAAUCUUGGCGGAGACAGGCAUCUUUGACUUUUUGGCUGUUUAUAUCUAUAAGAUCACUAAUGGUAAAAUUUGGAACCUCAUUCACUGUUUAUGCAUAUGUACUACUCUGAUCUCUUCUUUCCUGGACAACGUUACUACGGUGCUGUUGAUGGCUCCAAUAACUAUAAGAUUAUGUGAGGUGAUGGAUAUGAACCCAGUACCGGUUUUGAUGGCCAUCACCGUGCACGCCAACAUCGGUGGAACGAUGACCCCGGUCGGUGAUCCGCCCAACAUCAUCAUCACGUCGAAUCAGUACAUUUUGAAACACGGUGUUACAUUUUUAACCUUCACUGCUCACAUGAUGGUCGGUGUGAUCAUCGUCGUAAUAGCAACGAACAUCCAUCUUCGGCUGAAGUACAGGAACAUAAACAACUUGCGGAUGCACGAACCGAAGGAGUUGAAGGAACUUCGACGAAACAUCAAGGUUUGGGAACGGGCCGCCGGGAAAAUUCCACCGUACUCCAAGGAUGCCAAUAUAGUGAGGGAAACGCUGACGAAGAAGGUUCGAAUGUUACGGCACGAGCUCAAGAAAAAAAUGACCAAGGGAUGCGUUCCGGAGGAAAUCUACCGAUCCACGCUGGAGGAACUCCAGAAGGAGCAUCCGAUCAAGAACAAGGGUCUGCUGAUCAAAUCCGGCGUGGCGUGUGCUUUCAUCAUUUCGUUGUUCUUCCUGGAAUCGAUCCCGGAGCUGAGACGAAUGUCAUCGGGUUGGGCAGCCCUACUCGGCGUGAUGUUGCUGCUGAUAAUCUCCGAUAAAAACGACAUGGAUGCUGUACUGUCCCGCAUCGAAUGGCCAACGUUGCUCUUCUUCGCAGCCAUGUUCACCCUGAUGGAAGCCGUCGAACGGAUGGGUUUGAUCGACUGGAUCGGUCAUGCCACCGAGUCAAUUAUCCAAUCCGUAUCGGAAGACCUACGGCUGGCAGUAGCGAUCAUCAUCAUUCUGUGGAUCUCGGCUCUGACUUCGGCCUUCGUAGACAGCAUUCCGGUUACGGCCAUGAUGGUUAAGAUCGUUGUGGCCCUAUCGGAGAAAUCGACAUUGGGUCUUCCUCUGCAGCCAUUGGUUUGGGCGUUGGCUUUCGGUCCUUGCUUGGGAGGCAACGGAACACUGGUCGGUGCUUCGGCAAACGUCAUCUGCGCUGGAAUAGCGGAGCAGCACGGCUAUCGGUUCAGUUUCAUGGACUAUUUUAAACUCGGAUUCCCCAUCAUGUUGGUCAGUGUGAUAGUAACGACAGGAUAUCUGAUCAUGGCUCACGUAGUGUUCGCCUGGCAUUAAAAAUGCCCCAGUUCCUUGAGAUAGUACACAACCCAGGUGGAAUCGACUAGAUGUUUUCUGAAUAUUUACACGACCAUACCUACCCCCUCGCCCCUCCCCCCGUACACAUCUACAUUUAAGCAUAGCUAAAAGUGAACCAAAACAUCCCUGGGAUGAAUCGUUUGUAUUUAUAACUGCAAUUAACCUAUUCAAACUACUAGAACGUAAGCAGCAACCGUUCAAAAUGUUGGUAAGUGUUCUUGUACUAUCUACUUCUACCAUGAGGUAAAGGAUUAUAGUUUCAUGUUAUAGAGAAAAAACAAAUCUCCAAUACGAAUUGUAUCUCUGGUAUUCUUCUCUCAUUUGUAUCUCUUUUUGUCAGAGUCGGAAGGUUUUAGUAUGAAAGUACGAAAGUAGUAAUCCAAUAAAUU